AACCCAUGAUAAUUGGACCUUACUGUUUGUCCAGAAAAGAAAAAAAAAUAUCUUUUUUUUUUUUGUUUAAAAUUCAACAUCGGACAAUAACCCUAAACCUCUUAUGACUGGAAACCCCUCAGGAUUGAAAAUUAGAUUUUGUCCGGUGGAGAAGAUGGGAGCAGAAACGGUCGUGGAAGCUGAGAAAAUUGACGACUUGCUCGAGGCAGCUAGAUACAAUGAUAUAGAUGAUCUCAAAAGCUUGGCCUUUGAUGGUGUCUCUCUUAACUCUCGCGAUUCCCAAGGCCGAACAGCGCUUCAUAUGGCCGCGGCGAAUGGACAUAUGAGUAUAGUGGAGUAUCUCAUCAGUCAAGGAGUGGAUAUUAACGCUCUGAACGAGGAGAACAAUGCUCCUCUGCAUUGGGCUUGUUUGAAUGGCCAUAUCGAGGUUGUGAAGAAAAUGAUCUUGGCAGGAGCCAGUCUUAGUCUUUUGAAUCGGUACGAGCGGACUCCCAUGGACGAAGCUAUUGGUGCAGGGAAGAUGGAGAUUAUAGAUGCUAUCAACACAACUGUUACACAAAUGGAACUUGAAAACACCACUGUAGCCUGACUUUAAUGGCGUCUUCCUAAAUGCUUGUUGUCUCUCUCUCUCUCUCUGUAGUUUACAGCGUAGUUUUUAUAAUGUGGAAGUUUUGCGUUGUUAUGUAGACUGAUGGUUAGAACUGGAAUCAUCUGAAAUCGAAUUCUACCAAAAAGAUUAUUGCUAUCA